AUGUUACUAACAAGAAAGGUAGUUAGGCCAUCUGCUCUUCUACCAGUGGUCACUUUUGGGUCACCAUUUUUCUUCUGUGAAGGUCAGAAAGUCCUCGAUAAAUUGGGUUUGGACGAAAACCAUGUUUAUUGUGUGAUGAUGCACAGAGAUAUAGUCUCGAGAGCAUUCUCCUGUACCUACCCUGACUAUGCAGCUCAAGUCCUGAAGCGUCUAAAUGGCACCUUUCGGUCCCAUCCUUGUCUAAAGAAAAAUAAAUUAUUAUAUUCUCCUGUGGGGAAAAUGUUUAUUCUUCAGCCCAAUGAGAAGUCAUCUCCUCCUCAUCAUUUACUUCCUUCAGGCAGUGCCUUGUACGCCUUGGAAAAUACCGACUGCACCCUUACCAAGAGAGCUCUUCGAGCAUUCCUAAAUUCUCCCCAUCCACUGGAAACUCUAAGUGAUCCCAAAGCCUAUGGUUCUGAUGGUACAAUCAUUAGGGACCAUGAAUCAAGCAAUUAUCUUAAGGCAUUGAAUGAUGUUACCAGACAACGUGCAAGGCUUGUCGUCAAAGAAGCAAGAGAACAGAGGAACCAGCUGUGGCCAUUAUUGGGCCACAAACCUAAUUUCGAAGAUUGGCUAGUGGCAAAGAAAAUAAGGACUAGCGUCUAA